AUGUCAGAGAGGCAGGGACUGAGGGCAGACUCCACUCACUUCACUUUAGAUGGAGCCCCUUUUCGGAUCCUCGGAGGGUCCAUCCAUUACUUUCGGGUCCCCAGGGCGUACUGGAAAGAUCGGCUGCUGAAACUCAAAGCCUGUGGUCUCAAUACUCUCACCACGUAUGUGCCGUGGAAUCUUCAUGAACCAGAAAGAGGAGUCUAUCUGUUUCAGGAGGAGCUGGAUCUGGAGGCAUACAUUCGUCUAGCAGGGGAAUUAGGUCUAUGGGUGAUUCUGCGUCCGGGGCCGUACAUAUGUGCAGAGUGGGAUUUGGGUGGAUUACCAAGCUGGCUGCUGCAAGAUAAGAACAUGAAAUUAAGAACGACCUACUCUGGUUUCACAAGUGCCGUGAACACGUACUUUGAUAAGCUCAUUCCAAGAAUCACACCAUUCCAGUAUAAGAGUGGAGGCCCUAUUAUUGCUGUUCAAGUAGAGAAUGAAUAUGGUUCAUAUGCAAAGGAUGAGAAGUACUUGCCGUUCAUCAAAGAGGCAUUACUGUCCCGGGGAAUCUCAGAGUUUCUCGUCACAUCAGACAACCAUGACGGGUUAAAGCUUGGAGUGGUAGAUGGAGUCUUGCAGACAGUAAACCUACAGAAACUGACGUUCGGUGAUGUACAGCAUUUAGCAGAAAUGCAGCCGCAAAAGCCGCUGAUGGUGAUGGAAUAUUGGUCUGGCUGGUUUGAUGUCUGGGGGGAACCUCAUCACGUUUUCCCUGCGGAAGAGAUGACCUCUAUAGUGCGAGAGCUUCUGGAUCGUGGCAUCUCCAUCAAUCUCUACAUGUUUCAUGGAGGAACCAGCUUUGGAUUCAUGAAUGGAGCUCUUGACUUGGGAACCUACAAACCACAGACGAGCAGCUAUGAUUAUGGCCCACUGAGUGAAAGCGGUGAUUAUACAACCAAGUAUCAUCUCUUGAAGAACCUGCUGAGCACCUACAGCAAGGAGCCAACAUCAGAGCUACCAGCUGUGCAGAACAGACGAGCAUAUGAGCCAGUGGCUGUCACUCAUUAUAUUUCACUGUGGGAGAGUCUUCAGUGUGCAGAAACACCUUUCAAAGCUGAUGAUCCUGUCAGCAUGGAGAACCUGCCAGUAAACCACAACAAUGGUCAGUCGUAUGGAUAUACGCUCUAUCAGACUGACAUUUAUUCAGGUGGAGAACUCAACUCAAAGAACAACGUUCGUGACAGAGCUCUAGUGUUUAUUGACAAAGAACUCAUCGGUGUUUUGGACAAUAAAACACAGAAGGUUAAAAUAUCUCCUAGUAAGAAUGAGAGGACCUUGAGUUUGCUUGUGGAGAACUGUGGACGAGUGAACUAUGGUCCAGCCCUUGCCAACCAACAGAAAGGUCUUGUUGGAGAUAUAACUUUGGACAAUGUCCCUCUAAAAAAGUUCACCAUGUACUGUUUGGAUAUGAAGAGCAGUUUCAUAAACAGACUGCAGUCCCAGAAAUGGACGCCUGUCGGUACGAAGCCCACCUACCCUGCGUUUUUCAGAGGAUCCCUGGUAGUGGAUCAGCCCACAGAUACAUUUGUGAAGCUGCCAAAUUGGAGUAAAGGAGUGGUUUUUGUGAACGGGCAAAAUCUUGGACGCCACUGGUCGAUUGGUCCUCAGAAUGCCCUCUAUCUUCCUGCUCCCUGGCUCAAGAGUGGAAAUAAUGAGAUUAUUGUGUUUGAGGAACUCAAAGCUGCAGAAACAAUCCAGUUUGCUGAAAAUCCGGAAUAUGGCAAGACAGUGGACGUAUCUACCCAACUGUUUUGCACCCUGUUGUGAAAACACACCUGCAGCUUUACAAUGAAUCUUAGGCUCACAUCCAUCAAAACAAAUCUGAACUUGAAUUACUUAAAGCAAGACAUCACAAGUGAAAAGAGUAGAUUUAGCAAUAGACUUCCCCAGAUGAUUAAUCAUAUUAAGUUAAUACAACUAUUUUGUAUUUCGGGUUUCUGAAAUAUGUUUAAAUAUGCAAAUGAGACAUGAUUUGAUUAAAUAAUUUGUUUAACAGAAUUUAGAUCAGUCUCUUUUUAUCAGUUCAUAAAUCAGAAAAUGUCAAAAGCAAGAAAGGGAAUUUAAACAUGUUUUUAAGAAUAAAAUAUUAUAUAAAUGAGGCUAAUGAUAUAUACAGAAAACUGUAAAAACCUUCAGAAUAUAAACAGGAAUAAAACAUUUGUACACAUGUUACAAAACACAUGUUAAUUGCAACAUGAUUCUCUAAAAUAAAAGAACAUGCUAGACAUAACACACUGCCAUAAGAGUGUCAAUUUGCUUUGUCAGAUCACUGUGUAAGACAACAGUCAGAGACACAUUUCGCUAAUUGACAGAAGUUUUGUUUUAUGACAGAAGUGACCUGUUCUUUUGAAGGGAAAAGUACGGCCGAAUCACCCGAACUUUUCAAAGUAUGUUUUUGAUGAUAAUUAUGGAAGUUGGCUUGACUACUCUAAUGUUUUUAUAUAAUCAAGAGGAAAAAAAUUAAUGAUCUAAGGGUUCUUAGUAGGAACCUGGUUUUAAGAAAUAUUUGUCUCCAUUUCAAGUUUUUAACAUCACAGCAUGUUGUGAAGCAGUAACUUACCAUUUCUAUAACUUGUACUGUAAUAACACUUACUGGAUUUGUGCUGGUCAGACGAAGUCUGAGCACUGGAAUAUCAAUAAACUGCUUCUGCUUCUUUUUUAUCAUCAUAACGUCUGU